AUUCAAAAGUCUAAUCUUUCUACAGUACUGUAUAUUCGCUCUCAGUUGGAGGUGAUUAUAUAAUAAUCGCGUACUAAUUAUUAGAAGGUCGUCGAAGGUCGUCGAUCGAUCCUACAUUGUCACUGACUUGCUCAAAAGCUACCAAAGUGAUUCCCGCGAAGCUUUGACUUUACUUGUACUCUCUUUCUUAUUUGCUUUCUCAAAUGCCUCGCUGUACUCGUAAAGGCUGUGACAAGGAAUACUCCGAAUCGAGUACUGAGCCUUGUAUCUUUCAUCCAGGUAGCCCAAAAUUUCACGAAGGGCUCAAGUCUUGGACAUGCUGUUCGGACGUGAAUAAGCCUGUUCUAGACUUCGACGAAUUUAUGAAAAUACCUGGAUGCGCAGAAACAGACAGCCACACGCAUAAAGCUCCAGAACCAGAACCAUCCGUCUCAUCAUCGUCUUCCCAGCCCACCAUUAGAGAAGAAAAACCGAUUUCCGCGGUCGAACCACCAAAAACAAGCUCAAUACCCGUUCGGAUUGUGAACCAAGGCCCUUUUACAGCUUUGCCACAUCCAAUCCAAAUAGAGGAAGAAGACGAUCUGGAUGUUCCUGUGCAGGAAGGUACACCUUGUAAACGCAAAGGAUGCAAAACGACGUUUGUGAGCAAUGAAGUUAAUCGAAAGGGUGAAGGUGAAGGCACGAAAUGUGUUUAUCAUCCAAUGCCACCUAUUUUCAGAGAGGGAAGUAAGGGCUACCUUUGCUGUAAACGCCGCGUUUUGGAAUUCGAGGAGUUUCUCAAAAUCGACGGAUGUAAAACAGGUCGCCAUGUUUUCGCGCCAAAAACCGAUCAGCAGAUGACAGACGAACUAACAGAUUGUCGCGUCGACCAUUAUCAAACACUCGACAAGGUGUACGUUUCUAUAUUUGCUAAAAAGGUUGAGAAGGAGACGAGCAAGAUUAGCUUUGAGGAAAACCAAGUUUCUGUUGAGCUACGACUUCCUGGUUCAAAGCGAUUCGUCAAGACGAUUGAAUUGUUUGGACCAAUCGAACCAUCCGAAUCCAUUUUCCAAAUUUUCGGGACAAAGGUGGAGUUGAUAUUGAAGAAGCAGGAUACCCGAAGUUGGACAAUACUGGAGAAACCUGUUCAUGACCUGGGAAAUAUUAGUCUGACUUUUGGGGUUAGUGGGCGAACAGGAACAGUUGGAGCAAAGAGUGUUUUGAAUGAGCAGAAUAGAAACAAGUAA